GUGUCUCGCUAGAUGGGCUGCUGGACGCGUCGGAUUAUGGCUUCAUCUUGAGCGAGUUGGCCCGCCCGGAAACUAGGGCAAAAGCAACCCCCGUUCCGAUUGAAACAAUGUAAAUUUAUUUGCUGUGUUGUGCAGCGAUGGAAAAGUUCAAAUUGUAGUGUAACCGGUUUACGUUUACGCGACAUCGACCGUUUGCGCUGUAAAUGUGGGAAAAAUCAUUACGUGAUCACGUCGCGGGAACAACGAAGAAAAUAAAAGAUCAUCGCCGGUAAAGGUGAAAAGUAUGAUGAAACAGUAGUGCUGGUUGGUUAGUGUAAAGUAUACAGUGCAACGAACUCGUACCUCGCAAUGCAAACACUGUUCAAUCCAAUCAAACUAUUUAGAUUAACUUGCGGUUACAACGGACGGCUUUUGAGCUGAAAUAUGAGCCACCGAAAACUCCCGGUUGGUUCCGGUUGCCAAUGAAAAGUGUAAAAUGAACAACGGAGUGUCCGUGUCCGUCGAGUAUCAUCUACUUUCCCAGCAAGACGAUCUGCAGGAGAACGAUAGUGGUGACGAUAGUGCUACGCUCAGUGAUAUCGAAGAGUGGAGUGUAGCCGGACCCGCCAAGCAGGUGGAACAGGUGGCACUACGGCCGUUCGAUUCAGAAGUCGAGGGUAGUCAGCCGAGACCGAGCAAGAUGAAGAUCGAAAUGUACGAGGAACUCGUUGGAUCCAAGAAACGAAAUACCAGAAAAUACCUGCUGAUUGGCGGUGCCGCUGUGAUAGUACUCGCCAUAGCAAUCACAUUGAUCGUGGUGCUAACCGGCGAUGAUGCAACCGACAACGGUGGCAACAGUCCCAUUGUUCAGCAGCCAGAUCCGAUUACGUUGGAGGAUUUCCUGACCGGUAAACUGGCCGCACGCGACUUCAGCGGUGCAUGGACACCGAGCGGGAAGAUCAUAUCGCGAGAUGAAAUGGGACAAGUGCUCGCGUACGAUCCGGCCACGAACGAGACGAAAACGUUGCUCGGGCAGAGUAAUGAUGAACUGCUGCAGGGAUUCAAGUUCGAUCUUUCACCGGAUGAACGCUACUUGUUAGUGGCCCAGUUGUACAGCAAGAUAUUCCGUCACAGUUUUUUGGCUAUUUAUGAUAUUGUGGAUUUGGAACAGAAUAGGACGAUCCCGGUAAAUGUAGGAGGUCAACGGAGAGCGCUGAAUGUCGUGGAGUGGAGUCCGGUGGGAAACUCGUUUAUUUUCGUCUAUCUAAAUAAUAUCUAUUACAAAUCAUCGCCGGAUGCAGUGGAAGUGCAAAUAACAGACGAUGGUGCUCCUAGUAUUUACAACGGUAUUCCCGAUUGGGUGUACGAAGAGGAAGUAUUUUCCACUAAUAUCGCCACCUGGUUUUCACCGGAUGGCAAAAAGAUUGCAUUUAUUAAGUUCAGUGAUGUAAACACACGACUGAUGAAGAUUCCUAUUUAUGGCCCACCUGGUAAUCCAGAUUUCCAAUACCCACACGAGCUCGCGUUGCACUAUCCAAAGUCGGGAACGCCAAAUCCAGUGGUUCAGCUGUACCAAGUCGAUCUAACGACACCAACAGUCAAGACCGAAAUUGUUCCUCCUCUGGCUUUGGUAACAUCGGAAAUGGAUCAUAUUAUUACUUCUGUCGGUUGGGCAACCAAUAAUCGUGUGAUAUCCAUUUGGAAGAAUCGAAUUCAGAAUCACGCCAUCGUCAAAUCGUGUGACGAAACUAGCAGCUGUAUCGAGGUUCGAGAAUUCCAAGCUGAUGGAGGAUGGCUGGAAUUGUUCAGUGCGCCAAUUUUUAACAAAGAUGGAUCACAGUUUGUGCUCAUCUCGUCAUCGGAGCAAUAUCGGCACGUAAUGAUGAUUCCGACCGCUGUUAAGGGUGGCGAAGCGAUUACUAGUGGAAAGUACGUUGUUCAAGAUAUUUUGAAAUGGGAUGCCGACAGCAAUUUGAUUUUCUACACUGCCAACACCGAACAGGACUCUCAUGUGCUGCACAUCUAUGCAGUUCUGGGACAGAAGGGGGCGAAGCCGCAGUGUUUGAGUUGCGCAGUAGGUUCCAGUCCGAAACAGCAGUACUUCACUGCACAGAUGAGUAGGAAGGGAAGCUUUGUGAUGUUGGAAGCUAAGGGACCCAAUGUUCCCUGGAGUGAAAUGUUCGAGUGGAGUUAUAGCAAUAAUGCUGUAACACUAAAACCGAUAAAGUCCUUGGAAACCAACAGUCAACUGCGGGAGCGUUUAGAAAGUAAAGCUCUCCCAACUGUCCAGUAUCGUGAAGUCGAUCUCGGAAAUGGAUUCUCUUCCAAGGUGAUGCUUCUGGUGCCACCGGGAGCCGAUCUCAGCGGUAAGGUGAAAUACCCGAUGCUGGUGGAUGUGUACGGUGGACCGAACUCGAACUCCGUAACCAGUUCAUGGUCCGUCGGAUGGGGUCAUCAUAUGAGUUCGAACCGGUCGGUUGUUUACGCAAAAAUCGAUGGCCGAGGUUCUGGCUUGCGGGGAGACAAGCUUCUGUUCCAAAUCUACCGCAAAUUGGGCACAGUCGAAAUAGAGGAUCAAACUGCCACCGCCAAGAAAUUGGCGGAACAGUUACCCUUCAUUGACCCGACCCGGAUAGCCAUUUGGGGGUGGAGCUAUGGAGGUUAUGCUUCCGCAAUGGCACUAGCCAAGGAUGAUCAGAAUGUGUUCAAAUGUGCUGUGUCAGUGGCACCGGUAACGGACUGGACGUUCUACGAUUCCAUCUACACGGAGAGAUAUAUGGGACUGCCGAAAGACAAUGCUCAAGGUUAUGAACAAUCGCGACUCACCGCACUGUUCACCAAAUUCCGAAACCGAAAGUAUAUGCUGAUUCACGGAACGUACGACGACAAUGUACACUUCCAGCAGGCAAUGCAGCUGGCGAGGGCACUUGAAACUCACGAUAUUAUGUUCAAACAAGUGAGCUACCCUGAUGAGGACCACAGCCUUGCUGGCGUUCGACCACAUCUUUACCACACUCUAGGACGAUUCUUCAGCGAGUGCUUUGAUCUACGCGAUUAGCACGGCCUACUAGUGGAGGACAGCGAGCACCAAAUGUACUUUCUACCGUCGAACGAUUCCUCCAUAGCGAAAGACUUAUCAACCAGAAUUAUGUGAAGCAUUCGGUAGCAGUAACGUUUUAACGGAUGAAAUGAAGUUUUUUUUCUGUUGUAAAUAAUGUAUGCAAUUGAGACUGUACAUAGAGCAACUUACUGUUCUUAUUCGAUUUUUAAAUGACCGAUAAGAGCUAUUUACGUGAUUGAUGGGAAGAAGAAAAAGACCAGCUCUGUUAAAGCUAGUUUAAACAACUAAGCUAUCGACUCUAUUGAGGGAACAUGAAAACAAUAACUGAAUGAACCUACAUGCCAAGUGUUACGAUACAAAACUACUAGUCAGUAUUCAGAAGAAAAAAAAUAUGCAAAGGUUGUUCGUUUUUGCCACAAAUUAUUAUACAUACAGUUUAUUUUGUGAAGAUUUUUAUGUCCAAAGAUUAGGAGUUUCUACAGCCUGUAACUGUUAAUAUAACUUAGAGACCAUUCAUAAAUUGUGCCACGCAAAAAUGUCCGCAAGAUUUAACUUGCUUUCUCCAUUGUCAUAAUAGACCUUAUCUUCCAACCCUUAAAAUACUACCACCUAAUAAAUGAGGAAAACAAAUUAUGAAUGGUAACUUCAAAAUAAAUGUGACUGAUCUUUAGAAACAAAUUGCCGCUCCAAAUUAAAUCUGAUUUUUUGAAUAAAACAACUAAAACACAAAUCAUAUUUGCAUUACUCUGGAUUGGUUCGGAAAUGUUCGUCUAUUGUAAGAAAUUAGUUCACAGUUUAGCGUUCUUUUGAAAAUAAGAACAUUGGGAAAUCUUUUCCAUAUUGAGUAGUCUGUGUUUUCAGUUGGUUCUUGUAUGAGGAUCAAUUAUUAGACGCGAAACUCCUAAUCUGUAAUUUUCAUAUUUGUAUGAAAAAGUGUAACAAAUUAUGUAAUAGAUAGGUCCAGAGCUGUUAGAUGUUGAAAAUAAAUUUUUCAGAAGUUAA